AUUAAGUGUGACCGGUGCUCCUAUCCCGGGCGCGGGCGGAGCAGCCGCUCGUGUUCCCGGGGAUAUGUCACGCAGGUGACAGCAGCGGGUGGCGACCCCCCCAGGUGACACGACUGAACCCCCCCCGCAGCAGGCACCUGUUGCGGGAGUCACCAGCAGUGCGGCGCCGGUGCUGCUGCUGUGUGCAGCGGGAGGUUAGGCGUUGGCAGCACGUCUGUAUAGGUGGGAGCGGGGUCACCGAGCCGGGUCCCGUGACGCGGGCUAGAGAGAAAGACAACGGUCUGAGGUCCCGGUGACAGAGACACGGCGGCGGCAGUGCGACAUGCUUCAUCAGAUAUGAGUUAAUAUCCAGCCUGUGAUCUUGGCACAGUGAAGACGAUUUACAUAUUAUAUGUAGCAGAUAACAUGGACGAACAAGCAAAGGUUCCCUUUGGAUCGAAACAUGCAGAAAAUAAACCUCUGCAUAACUUUACCAUCCCUAAAAUAAAAAGAGAUACUGAAAAAGUUUGUUUUGUUCAUUGCACACCAAACCGAAGAGAAUUCAGUGACAUCAUGGAUACUGUCAAUAAGGAAAGACUAAAUAUGGGCUUUGAGUUGAAGUCAUCAUGGAAUUUUUCAGACCUGAAACUUGUCAUCAAUAAUGAUUUAGAGCAAAACUUUUUUGAAAAAAGAAUGGAAAUGAAAGAUCUUGGAAGGCAUGGAAGAGAGCUAGAGGAAAAGUUCUGCUUCCUGGUGGUACCAAACCAUGUUGCCACAGCUAUAUCUAAACAUGGUUUAUCUAUCGGAAAUAUUACUACAAAGGUGCUGGGCAAUCCAGAAAUGGGAGUUUAUUUGUUCCGACACAUUGAUGUUGCACUGAAUUUUGUUCAUCGGAGAAAUUCGGCUUCAAACGUAGUGGUCGUUUUUAAAGUGCUGUGUGGUAAAGUCAAGAAAAUUAACAGUAAUUCUGCAAUGAAAGUAGCCUUGGAUCCAACACCAAAUUUUGACAGUCAUGUAUCAAAGAAAGCACCACUAUGGAAUGAUCCUUUAGAUGAGCAGGUUACAAAUUCAUUGAUAUACGUAUAUGAAUAUGACAGCAACUUUAGGCCUGCAAAAACACCAAGACAUUGUCUUCCGAUUGCUUUAGUAGAUGCAACUUAUAUCGUCCAAAAACCUGCUACAUCUUCAGGACAAGUACGACUUCAACCCAAACUUUCAUCAGCACUGCGAUCCUUGAAAAUGAUGAGCUACAGCAGAAGACCUCAGCAAUUUCCACUUGUGUCCGUUAAGAAAAGGAAACCAAGUGUACAGUGGAAACAGGCUGACUCUGGAAAUGAUUCAUUUGCAAGCUGUACAGUGGCCCAAAGAAUCGGAAAAGGAAAAGAUGCCACUAUUAUUUAUAAAAGUGUUCGUACAAAGUUGCUGAAACCUGAGAAAGAGAUUUCUCAGAAAAAAUGUUCAGAAGAAAAAGUGCAGGCUCCUCUUGUACCAGAUAUAGAUAUAUGUUCUAAUAUCCCAGUGGCACCAACUGCGUUUCAGGAACAUGUUACUGUUCCAGAAAGAAGUACAUUCUUCCAACACAACCUUAUUACUUUAGAAAAUUUACUGAAUUCAUGUAUGGUGACUACAUCAAAAUCUAUGAAAGACCCAAGACUCUUAAAAAGAUGUGAACAGGAAGCACCAAUGCCAGCUGACCAGUACCUAACUGGUCAACAAACACAAAACCGGCCUCAUUGUGGAAACAAGGUUUCUAGUAUCAAAGAAAAGGAAGCCAGUAAUGAGAAUUUUUUAAGCUGUGAAAGUAUUAUCAAUGAAACAUCACUGUACUUAAGUUUUGAGGAAAGGCGUUUAUCUGGCAAUUUCAUGAAUAAAGAACAGUUGACGAAGAAAUUAAAGAAGUAUUCAUCAUUCUUGUCAUUAAAUAAAAAGGAGAGAGAAGCAAAAGUCCAAUCGUUACAAAGGUUAUCUAAUGAGGAAAAAGCAGUACUCUCUAGAAAGCUAUGCACAUAUGACAAAUACUACAAAAUGUAUGCAAAUAAAUUAGAAAUUGCAAAAGUAGGUGAGAAGGUUAAAACAGCUUUAUCUACUGAAAAAGGUCCACCAACUUGUUCCGAAGCAGCUGUGUCUGUUAGUAUGUCAGCAUGUACAACUAAAAGCAAAGAAAAUGGGCAUCUUCAAAACAAUUUGUUUGCAUCAGCGACUGAUAGUGGACAAGGUGAAGGCAGUCAGUACACACCUCAGGAUACUAACCAAAAACACAAAGUUCUUGCAAAGACAAAUAAUAAUGUGAAAGAAACUUGCACUGAUGAGUCUUCAGCUCACAAAAACCAUGCUGUGGAUAAAACUGCAGUAACUGGAAAACCAAAAGCUUUCAAGACUGACCAAAGCCCUGAGUCUUCAGCUCACAAAAACCAUGCUGUGGAUAAAACUGCAGUAACUGGAAAACCAAAAGCUUUCAAGACUGAUCAAAGCCCUGAGUCUUCAGCUCACAAAAACCAUGCUGUGGAUAAAACUGCAGUAACUGGAAAACCAAAAGCUUUCAAGACUGACCAAAGCCCUGAGUCUUCAGCUCACAAAAACCAUGCUGUGGAUAAAACUGCAGUAACUGGAAAACCAAAAGCUUUCAAGACUGACCAAAGCCCUGAGUCUUCAGCUCACAAAAACCAUGCUGUGGAUAAAACUGCAGUAACUGGAAAACCAAAAGCUUUCAAGACUGAUCAAAGCCCUGAGUCUUCAGCUCACAAAAACCAUGCUGUGGAUAAAACGGCAGUAACUGGAAAACCAAAAGCUUUCAAGACUGACCAAAGCCCUGAGUCUUCAGCUCACAAAAACCAUGCUGUGGAUAAAACUGCAGUAACUGGAAAACCAAAAGCUUUCAAGACUGACCAAAGCCCUGAGUCUUCAGCUCACAAAAACCAUGCUGUGGAUAAAACUGCAGUAACUGGAAAACCAAAAGCUUUCAAGACUGACCAAAGCCCUGUUACAAAUGUUAAUAGUAAAAGAGAAUCUCAUGACACUGAUAAAGGCAUUAUAUAUAAAGCUGAAGCAUACCCAAACAGUAAAAGGGGACCCAAUGAUCUAAAGAAGGCUCCAAAUAAAAUGGAAAAGGACUUUACAGCAGGAAUAAGAGCCUCAAGCGUUGAUUUGAAAGCAACCAGGAUUGCAGAUCCUCCAUUACAGAAUGGAAACGUAAAUUGUCAGAAAGGGGAAGAGAUAUGCAUAUUGAAGAAAUCACCUGAAAAGAAAAUACAAAAGCCGAGUUUGCACAAAGGCGAUACAGGCAAAGCUAUGGUAUUAAAGAAGACUCCUAAAACUUCAACAAAACAAGUAACUGUAAUUGAUACAAGUUCAACAAACGGUGAUAAAAGUGACACGAGUUCAACAAAAGGUGCUAAAAGUGAUAAAAGCUCAAAAGGUGAUACAAGUUUAACAAAAAGAUUGGAUACAAAAACUACAAAUGAAAAGCACAGCCUUGUUCUUCAUACAUCAUACGAAGUAGACAAUGGCACCACCAUUAAAGACAUAUGUAAAACAGAUAGUUCAUUAGUUGAUCUCCCCACACAAGUAAGUGUAUGUAAUACUUCUAGCGAUGCAGAUUUGGUUGCCAAAAACAUCUGUCUUCACAAUACAAUUCAGUCUCUGCAUUCAGUGGAAUUGAGAGGACAGAAAUCGACAUUGGCAAAUUAUACAUGUUUUGAUGGAGAUACAACAGCUGACGAUUUACGCUGUGUGAUUGAGUUAGAGAACCGAAUAGAUUGGAAAAGUAUUUUUGGAAUGGAAAUGGAUCAAGUAAAUGCAAUGAUAGCAGACUUACACAAUCCUCCAUUACAACGAGAAAAAGAACCCAGCGGCAUGAGGAUCUUUCCUGAUAUGGAAAUUACUGUUGUAAACUGUCAUUAUGUGUGUGUGGACAGUUGUGUCAGCAACUUAGUUGGAGACAUGCAUCCAUCCAUGGGAGCCAAAGAAGCCCUAAAUGAAACAUUUGAAUCUUUCAAAACAGUUUUUCUAAACUGUCAUGAGUCAGACAUUCAGGUUGCACCAGUUAGUGUACAUGAUUGCAAAACAUCCAUUGAACCAAACUCUGAACCAGUUUCUUCUUGUAUCAAAGUGGCUGAAAUGAUACCAUCCGAUGAUACAUUGGAGACAAAGACAGAUGGUAAAUUUGCUUCUGUGAAAACCUUACACACACUGAAUCAUCCCACAAUGAAGAGGAGACUAAACAACAAAAGGUUACCUUCAAUUCUUAUUAAGAAAUCUGUUCAAAGAAUUAACAAGUUCUCUCAAUCAGAAAAAAAUAUUAAGGUUGUUUUAGGUAUGUUAUCGGAUGAGAUUCCCUUAUGCAAGAGCAAGCGCAUAUCCAAAAAACUAAGCAGAGCUAUACUUCACUUAAGGAAAGCGCAUAAAAGGGUUCAGAAAUCUCUGCAGAUUGCGGCAAAGGCUGGAGAGAGACAGAAUGUGCCCAAAACCAGCAAUGUCCAGGAGAAUGAAAAUGCAAAAAAUCGGAAUGUUAAUAAUCUAAAACAAAGUAGUGAGAGAUCGGAAAUGAAGCAAGUUGAAAGUUCAAAAUGUGAUCGUAGAAGUAGCCAGAUGAUACCAACUACAAUUUCUAAAUCAAAUGUAAUUUCCUAUGAGGGUCAGCAACAAAAGUCUCUUGCAACAAAUAGACAAUGUCUGACAGACUCAACUGAUGUGAUUAAUGGAGUAUCUACAAAAGACUCACCACUAGCUAAAAAGGAUUCAACAUCAGCAAAACAGUUGGCAGCUUCUACCUUCAAAAGCAACAUUUGUUCCCCAGAAACAUAUGAAGAUCAUGAUAUUUCUAGUGUUACAAUAUCAAAUAAAGAAAAUGCAGUCCCGGUGAUUUCUUCUCCAAAAAUGCCAACUGAAAGCAAGGAAAUUUGUGUUGAAAGUUGUGAAACAGAUGAUAAAGAUAAGAAAUUACAUGAUGCUGUAACCAGGAGGAGAUAUCCAGUUUGCACCAAGAGGAUGUUCUCACAGCUCAGGAAACAAAGUUCUUCCCAUGCAAAGAAACUAGCAAAAUGUUCCAAAAGAACGUCAAACUCGAGUAGCGAAGGCAUUCAGUUUACAGGCCAAAGAAAAAGUAUCAAAGAAGGUGCCACAACAAAAAGUGUUAGAAUGCCAAGUUUACUGGUAAAACUAUCCUCUAUUUUGCUGAAAGCAAGCAAGACCUGUUCCUUAAAAUCUUUGCAAGUCUGCAAAUUAUUGUGCAAACAAAUGCUACCUGUCUUCAUUAAAUCCUUUGAGAAAAAGCAGCAGUGUGUUUUGAAAGAUGUGAUUGUAGACAGGAGAUUGUUGUUUGAGCAGAAUCUCAAAACACGUUUCAGGUGCGUGCUGAAGCCACAAGCUGUAGAGGCGUUCCUUGAGUUGCAGAUGAUGAUGGAAACCGAUCACUUUAUUGAGAAUCGGAUGCACUAUAUGGAAGGAAUGCCCACAUUUCGUAGUCUUCUUUGGUAUGAUAGAUCUCUCUAUACUGAAUUACUUAAAGGCGAGUCUGGCUAUCAACAACAGUCACAUUUCUAUACUGCAUUUCAAAAUAAACUGAAGCUUGAUGCGUCAGCUACACUAGAGAAAUAUUUUGCUCAACUGUCUGAGUUCCUGAAUGCAAUACAUGCACAGAAUAGUUGUUAUUAUGUCUACUUGAAGUACAAUAGAGAACUAAAAGAAUGUGAAGAUGUCCUAAAGCACGGCUGUGACCAUUCAGAGUUUUCACUCUCUGUUCCUUUCAGCUGUGGAGUACAUCUUGGAGAUACAGUAGACGAUCUGGCAGCUUUGCAAAAAAGCACUUUAGAGAUUAUAACUACCUUCCUUAAUCUUCCCAAGUGUGAUUCAGGAAAGAAAGAACACGCAUUAUGCCUUUUAGAAAUCAUUUCAGCAAAAAUUGAUUUCAUCAAGACCUCUGUGACUACGUGUUUGCAAGUGUCACUGUUUGGCAUUGAGCAUUUACUCUUUGAUGCAGCAAAAAUGAUGUUUUUCAGAGAAAGAACAAAAUACAGUGGCCAAAGAAAGUUAACUGUAGCAAAGGAAUCUACAGCUCAGAAAAACAGCUUUGCUUUAUCGAAGUUGCAUGAAGUGUAUUGUAUCCCCAAUGAGAAAACCACAUUUACUGAAAAGCAAGAGGACUUGUGGGAUGGGAGUGCAGAUUCAAAUGGGAGCCUUGGGAUUUCCCAAUCGCAAGAUGUGUUCUUUGUCGGCAAAAUCAUAGACCAAGCUCGGAGUGCUAAUCCUAGGCUGUUAAAACAGAUGACCCAGGACUGCAAACAGCAGCUGGAGUUCCAAAUAAAAUGCUUUCAGCUCUUACAGGAGUGUGAUGUCAGUGAAGUUCUAAUCAGAGAAAGUAAUAUAUUAGAGAUCACUGAAAAACAGUACCUACUCCCUACACUUUUAAAAACUGAGGCUAUUGAAGCAUACAUUGAAUUAGUGAUGGCAUAUGAAACAUUGCACUUUCUUAAUUGCAUAAUGUCCUCACAGAAGUGCCAAAAAAGAUCUAGGGGAUUGCUAUGGUAUGAUACCUCUCUACUCUCUGAUCUACUUCAUAACCAAAGGCUGGUGUCCUUUUUGCAGGAAGACGUGACACCUAAUGUCAUAGAUAUUAUAGAUAGCACAAUAUCAGAAAUAAAGUCAGAGUUGGACGUAAUCUGUGACUGCACAAAUUCUGUUAAUUUCUCGUAUGCUUUCCAGAUAAUGACUAGAGAACUUUCAGAACUGUCAGAACUCAAAAACUUUGUGCUGAAGUCUAAGUCUAGAGUUAGCACAUACAUCCACUUUUCUCCCUACAGCGCCACUUUACACUUUGGAAACUCGUCAGCAGAGCUGGACUACAACUACAAACAGCUUUCCGAUUAUCUUGACAUCUUAAUAUCCACGCCAAAGAAAGAUUUAGGGAAAAUGGCUCAUACAAUAAAAAUAAUGAAAACUAUCGAGUUAACAAAAGUAUUUGUUUUAAAGGCAGACCAAUCUGCAAUUGAUUUAUUUACAUGCCAGAUUCUGCAAAACAGGAAGAAACAUGACCAAGACAAAGCAAAGAAAAUGCAACAGAAAGGCCUAGUAAAUGAUCAGUCUCCAAGGAAAAGGAUCUGCACAGGAACCUCUGCAGAGAGUACAACUUCCUUCACGCCAAAAAAGCAAAAGGUCAUAAAAAGUUCUGGAAAGCCUCACGAAAAAAAGAGAGAUGAAACCAGAGUGAAAAGUAAUUUAAGAGCAAAAUUACCAACUGGAUUUAGUACUACUGUUCUCCAAAGAACCGACCAGAGUCCUGUAAAAAAGAGUCAUACGAAAGAUUCAACACAGAAGGAAAGAAAAAAACUUGUCUUUUCAAGUCAAAAAAGUAAAAGGCAAGAAUACGUUAAAGAUAUAGUAACUGCUUCAAAAAUCAGCAAAAGAAGCGAGAAUGACUCCAAAUCAAACGCAUCAUCACCCCAAGGCUUCAUUAAUAGAUCAGAGUCUUCCUCUUCUUUAGCUAAAUCACCAGAAGCCUCAGUUUCUCCAGAUACGCAUUCUAAAGACCAGGUUGUGGCAGAUAGUACUCAUAUUGUCAGUACUUGCGAUGAAUCCAUCAUUUCCACUGUACCAGAUCUUGAAAAUAUCAGUGAACCUCCUGAUGCCCAUGCUAACAAAUUAAAGGAAGAAUCCUUGAGGAAUAAAGACACAAUUCCAACUCAGCCUUCAAGCAAUGACAGUGUGACUAGUAUGGAUGAAUGUUCCAUAGACAUGAACACAUCAGAGGAACCGAAGUACCACGACCAAGGAAAUCCUAUUACUGAAGUUGAAGAAGGAAAACAAGGAAGUAAUUCUCAGACUGAGCAGGUGCCACAUAAACCUCCAGAGUGGAACAGCCAGCCAAUGCCACCGAUGAGCAGUCCAUUCCCCCAGUAUCCAGGGUCUGCCAAUCCUUGGCAGUAUUCAUUAUAUUUAUGGUAUCAGAAUACCAGUAAUGCUAGUUUGAUGGCUCAGGGGUUUCAAGGAGUGUCCUACAAUACACAGCAGGCCAAUCCUUAUAACCAGGCAUCUGCAUUUCCUCCUGUACUACAGAAUUCUUAUGCUACAAGCCAGCAGUAUGCCAACUACCCCAGCCAGAUGCCGACGCAGAUGUAUCCACCCUCUGGUCCUUUUGGAGCCGCUAUGUCAUACAGUUACACUGAUCAGUCCUCUGCUUCAAAACAGAAUUCAGUGCCAAAUUCAUACGCUUACAGUUCCGGAGUGAGUUCAGGGUGGCCAUGGCAUUCUUGGCAGUAAUAUGCUGCAGAAGUUAUACAAGAAACUGUCAAGUACAGUAAUGCCACUCAUCUAUAGUGUGUGUAGUCUUGUCUAUGCCAAGUACAUUAGAAGCUUCAGGAGCAUCAAUGUUUUUUAACUCCCUUCAAAAUAUUGUUACUGUUAUCUAAGUAUUUAGUAUUUUUUAUAAGUAUUUUUGUAUGUGUUUGCAUUAUAAUAACUAAAGUUGGAAUAUCACUCCAGUAUUUCUUUUUUUAAAGCAAGAUAUAUUUUUAUAUAUUUUGUCAUUUUUUUAUACAAGAGAUUUUCUCAGGGCACUUCAAGGGACAUAUGUCUUUAUUACUUCCUGUUUUACAAAUGUGUUAUUUGUAGCGUCUCAUUUUGAUGUUUUUGUAUUUAUUAGAAUAAAAUGUAAACUUGUUGGUAUGAUGAUUUGGAAAUUGUCACUCUUUUGUGCUGCUUUGCUUGAGCACUGUUUUUGGAAAAUGUCCUUCCUUUGCAUUCCAAGGGGAAACACCUGGAGGAAUAGUGACCGUUCAUGCUAAUACAUGGAACUGAAAGAAGCAGGUGUAAAAGCAGAAGAGCACUGUGUAUCAAUGACCCCCAUGUGAUUGGCAGCUAGGGAUCAGCACAGGAGUUACCACAGGAGAAUUAUAAGAGUGCAAACGAAGCAGCCAUAUUUCUGCAAAUAAAAAUGGAAUGUAAUUAGUACAUCAUUUGUAAUAUUUUAAGGUUAUAAAUACUAGGUGAACUUAACUUGUGCUAUACAUGAUUUACCUGUGUUGUUGGUAGUGUGAGCAUUAUUAAAACAUUUUGACAUCUCA